AUGAUAAGAGAUGCAGGAGAGUGGAGCGACCGUGGUGAUGAGUGGUGGAUAGAAGGCCGUUACGAUGGGGAGGAAGUGGAGCUAUGGGUGCCAGGGAGGGGGGAAGCAGGGCGGAGGGAGAGGGGAAGCAAGGCGGAGGGAGGUGGGGAGCAGGGCGGAGGGAGGGGUGAAGCAGGGCGGAGGGAGGGGGGGAGCAGGGCGGAGGGAGGGGUGAAGCAGGGAGUAGGCAGGGGGGAAGCAGGGAGGAGGGAGCGGGGAAGCAGGGCGGAGGGAGGGGGGAAGCAGGGCGGAGGGAGGGGGGAAGCAGGGCAGAGGGAGGGGGGAAGCAGGGCGGAGGGAGGGGGGAAGCAGGGCGGAGGGAGGGAGGAAGCAGGGCGGAGGGAGGGGGGGAGCAGGGGGGAGGGAGGGGGGAAGCAAGGGGGAGGGAGGGGGGAAGCAUGGAGGAGGGAGGGGGAAAGCAGGGAGGAGGGAGGGGUGAAGCAAGGAGUAGGCAGGGGGGAAGCAGGGAGGAGGGAGGGGGGAAGCAGGUCCCCGUUCCCUUCCUGUCCACCGCCCAUCAAUCAAGCUUUCAAUGUGACACCAUCCCCCCCUCAGCUGGUCAUCCCCUUCUGUCCCUCCCUUUCUGCCCAUCACAUCAGUAGGCUAAACCCUGCGGCUGGACGGAGCAAGGGCGUAUGA